AUGUUGGAGCGAAAAGUGGAUGCCCUACUGAGUGAUCACAGACAAUUUGUCGAAAAGAAUCGUCUGUCCUUAGAACAGAAAAUAAAAGAAAAGGAAAAGGAAGUGUUUCGUCAGCUACAUGACUUACUGACAGAAGAUCUGCAGUGCGAACAGAUAAACCAGGACUUGCAGCAAGCCAAUAAUACUCUACAGGCAGAACUCGACAAAGAAAUGAAGGAAAAAAGCCUUCUUUCCUUCCAGUCUGCUCAAAAGUCAGAAAAAAUCCAUCUUCUGGAAGAAGAACUGAAAACAGUCAGACACUUUCUGAAGGAGACGCAGAAUUAUGCGGAAGAGAUGAAAAGAAAUGAAGGAAAAAAACCUUCUUUCCUUCCAGUCUGCUCAAAAGUCAGAAAAAAUCCAUCUUCUGGAAGAAGAACUGAAAACAGUCAGACACUUUCUGAAGGAGAUGCAGAAUUAUGCGGAAGAGAUGAAAAAGUACAAGCCGUCAGACCUCAGUAAAGAUGGGCUGUAGAAACCGUUACAAUUGUGAAGCACGGAGCGAUUUGAC